AUGCCGAUGGUCACUGUGGCGACUUUGCCCGAACUUGACGCAGCAGAAGCGCUCCUUGAAUUACAAGGAGAAAUGAGAGAACUACAACCUGAACGAUCUAAUAGUUCCGCUCAAGAGGAGGUUGAAAGUUCAGCAACUGCAGCCCUUUUCCUGAAUAGUUUGUUUCUUAAAAGAAGAUCGAAUUUGAAAUCAACCCGUCCCGGCCCCAGUGUUCAAAAAACAUCACCAAGUACGCCUUACUUAAAAAGCAACUCCCAGUAUGGUUCCAGUCGGUUUACGACAAGGCUGGAACCGCCUUGCAAGAAACGUUUGCUUCAAAAAAAACAACUGGUCAAGCCGCAAAAAGCAUCUUGGUCUGAAGUCAUUACUAUAUCUGGAUUAAAUGAUAUUAAGGAAACUUGUGAUAGAAGCACACAAACCGAAAUGGAGUAUCAGUUAACUCAAAUCGAUAAAAUGGAGUCAAUUAUAAAAGACUUAUGCGCUAAGAUUGAGACAUUGGAAAAUAAACUAAAAAUGAAAUCAUCGGUUUCAUUUUACGCAUUAAAAGGGCGUAACAAUGUGAAAUCUAAGUCUUGUAAUCUAAACAGUAGCGACAGUGGCGAUGAAAAUAUUGCGGUUCCUCGAACGUCGUCGUCAAAACGUAAACGUUAUACAAUAUGCGCAGAUAGCGAUUGGGUGAGGCAAAUUAGUUAA